AUGAAGGAUGAACAUCGCAAUGAAGUAUCAUCCAUGAUUAUUGAGUCUUUUUUUCGUGAUGAACCAAUUAAUAAACGUUUAUCAUUUGAUUUACCUAAAGAACCUGCUGAAUUUACAAAUAUGUCUGUUGAAAAAGCGCUUCAAGAUAAAUGUUCAUACGUGGCUAUCGAUAUUAGUCAACAAAAAGUAAUUGGUGUUUCAUUAAAUGUAAUCGAAAAUAUGAAUAAUGAAGUAGACAUAUUCGAUAGUUCACAAUUUAAAUCUGAAAAGUUACGCUAUGUUUUCAAACUAUUAGGUGAUGUACAUGGUCAAAUCGAUUUAUUUAAAAUCUUUAAUACAGAUCGUCUCUUACACUUAUUAAUGGUAUCAGUAGAUGAAAAGUAUCGUGGGUUAAAUUUAACUAGACAAAUGAUGAAUUUAAGUAUUGAACAGGCAAAAACAUAUGGUAUUAAAGGAGCAUUUGCUGAAACAACUGGUUUAUAUUCAUCCAAAGCAAUGCUUAAAAUGGGUUUUAAAGUAUAUAAUGAAAUCAUCUAUGCUAAGUAUGACGAAAAACGUCUAUCGAAUCUUGGUGUUCAUGAUCGUUGCUUACUUCUGGCAAAGUUAUUAUGA